GAACUCUUGUGGUGCAUAUCCCGUUUUACAAGAAGGACAGUUCGCUGGUUGGACACGAUUUGUAAGUUGUUGCUUAUUCGAUGUCGUGCAUUUUUGGUCGGAGAGAACAAGAAACUAAUUUGUUUUUAAUUUCUUUUUCGCAUCGAUAAUUUUGAACCCAAAAGUCGGACUUAGGACCGCCUAAUCCAGAGCUUUGUCCAGCUGCGCCAGCUCCUGCAACGGAACCCCCAGUUUCGAUGUCAAUGUCGAUGGAUUUAGGCAUGGACUCUGAUCUGGAAUCUUUUUUGGAAGAGUCUUAUGGUAAGUUUCCUAAUUGUCCUGGAACGCAGCCUUCUCCUAAAUAUAUGAUUUUGGCUGAAUGAUCCUCUCAUGCGUAUAACUUUCCUUUCACUUCCAAAAUUCAUUUCAAAUCAACACUGAAUGUCGUAACUUGUGAAAUACUUUUAAAUCUUACUCUGAUACUUGUAAUGAUGCACAGUAGCAAAGUCUAGUAAGGGAAAGGACGGAAAACGUAACAAAGGAAAAGAUGGAAAAGGAAAAGACKGAAAAGGCAGUAAAGGCAAGGACGGAAAAUUCAACAAAGGAAAGAGCGGAGUACCGAAAAAAGUAAACAAAAGUAAGGACGGGGAAAAGGCAGCAAACAAGCUGGAAAAGUCUAAAAGUGGAUCAAAAUCAGGGUCCAAGGACGGGUCAAAAGCAGGAUCGAAAUCAGGCUCGAAAUCGGGCUCGAAAUCGGGUUCGAAAUCGGGCUCGAAGGAUGGAUCCAAAAGUGGAUCCAAGGGAGAGGACUCCAGAAAGAAGAGACGCCUUCGGAUAUAAAUCAUUUCAGUCGUUCGUAAAUGAGUUGGGUAUAUUUACAAUUGCUCGUUCGCAAGCUCUCUGCACGAAUUUCAAAAUCUGUAUUAUUAGAAAUUUCAGAAAAAUACAUCAUAAUAUUAAAU